CAAGACUUGAGCCGGGAACAAGUUAGAAAAGGAUCAACACAAGACUUCACCUGGGAACAAGUUAGACGAGAGAUUCAUGGCAGUAACAAUGUGUAUGAUCUGGUGCUACAGCAGCAAGAGAAUCCACAUUGUUUGUGCACUCAUAUAACCCUCGCACGUAAGUACAACUUUCUCUAGAGUUUUGUCUUUAUUUCGUGAAUAAAAUUUACAGGAAUCUCAUCCUCUGCCAUCUUUUGUAUUCUUAAUGCGAUAGAAACAACGGACUCACGUACCUUGACCGGUUUUAACCUGUUCGUCAUGCUCUAGUCUAAUUUAACCGGUUUUAGUUUAGCUCAGGGUCUGAGCUUGACGAUGAGUCCAACCAAGACGGCAAGUCUCCUAUGAAAAUUCUCACCGCUGGGGAUAUUCUGGGUCUUUUUGAGGAAAGUUUUCAAAAAAUUCGGCUACAUGUACAUUAUAUGCGAUCAAAAGACUGCGAUGGUUCACGAUUUUUCCGUGGAGCGUUCAUGGGCGGAAAUAGUUUUGUUUUCAAUCCAGAAGCUAAUUCCUUGUUGUUUCGCGAAUUCUGGCCUUGACUAAAACAACAUCAUUGUAUGAUGACUCGGAAAUUAAGGAAAUCAAAUAAUUCAUUAACGUUUAUUACUGAUCAUGACGAAAAUAGUUUCAAUCAGCAACAACAAUAAGCUUUAUUUUCAGUACUAUAACAAAGUAUUACAGUAUUGCAAAAGCUACUUGAAUUUAAUCAUUGAUUUCUUUUUUAAAUUAAAUAUUUAAAAUAUUAACUUUAAAUAUAAUAAUCAUUGCUUAUUUUCAACCAUCAGUAGGAUUGAUUAUUCCGAUCAUUUGCUGAUAAGACUGAGUGUCAAAUCAGCCACUGCCAAGCUAUCUUUUCAGAGGCCCAUUACUUUACCAAAGAACAAUAACCAGCCAAAAAAACAUACAUGGGCUGGGAUAGUGACAUUCACUCGGAUAGUAGGUUUGUCAAGAGUUCCUGUGGAGGUUUGUGUUAGUUAAUGAAUGUUUGGAUCAGGGUCCAAAGAAAAUCAUUUUACAGCUUGCCAUUCGGGCAAGCCGAAGCUAACAUUUACUAGCCCAAGCAUCAUUUCAACUAGCCCCAGAAACGUUUUGAUGAGCAGAUUGAUUUCACAGUUCUUCUGUAAUUUGAAUUCCUCCAAAAGACAUCAAGUUAAUAGCAGAAUUCACUAGCCCCGGGCUAUCGGACACUACUUUCUAUCAAUUAGGUUUCUGGGAAACUGCCCAACAACCCCUCCCCUAAGCUAACAUUAACACUUACUUCUCGCUUAGAGCAAAAUGAUGGCUUAGGGGAGGGGUAGGUGGGCGAAUAUUGCGAAUGUUUGAUGAAAUAAAGAAUUUCCCUUUUUAUUCUUUCCUUUUUACGCCAUAGAUGUGUCACCCACAGGGACCCUAGACUGUGAAAUAAGUGCACAGAACUGUCAACCUCCUUUGGAGACAAAAACCCGUACAGUAACGCCGAAAGACUCUAAAGUGAAUUUGAACUGCUCGAUUAAGAAUGGGGGAAAAGUACAAGACAUG